AUGGCAGCAGCCGUAGCAGCUCGAGCGAGUCGAAUCAGAAACCCGGCCUUGUUUGUAUGCGAUAUACAAGAGGUAUUCCGUGAACACAUUUAUGAAUUCUCAAAAGUCGUCUCAACAUCGCAAAAACUACUCAAAGCCUGCGACCCAUUGCAAGUGCCCAUCUACGUCACAACCCAAAACCGCGCGCGUCUGGGCGACACGGUCUCGGAACUGCAGCCAUACCUGACAUCCUCCUCCUCUUCCUCCCUUCCAAACUCUUCUGUCGUCGCCAAUAUCGACAAAACGGCAUUUAGCAUGUACACCUCUGACAUUAUUACCCACAUAUCACAACAAAAAACGAACCAUGAUGACACCGCAGUGGAUGCAAUCCUCGUCGGCAUCGAGACACACAUCUGCAUCACGCAGACCGCGCUGGAUUUGCUUGCUGCAGGUCAUCGGGUAUACGUGAUUGCAGAUGGGGUCAGCAGCGUGAAUCCCGAGGAGAGAGGGGUUGCGCUGGCGCGGCUGCGCGAUGCGGGCGUGAUUGUCACGACGAGUGAGAGUAUUAUUUUUGAGAUUUUGCAGGAUGCGAAGAAGCCAGGGUUCAAGGCUGUGAAUUCGUUGGUCAAGGAGAGUAAGGAGGAUACCAAGACGGCGUUGAGGGUGCUUUGUAAAUAUUAA